AUGCCGGACUUAGCAAAUGCAAUUGUUGAAUAUUGCAAGAAUUUAAAACAUUUGAAAAUACAUGAUCCUGGUAAGAUUAUGAAUGAAACUGCUCUAAAUAAAUUAACAGAGCUGGAAAAUCUUGAAAGUUUAAUAUUGGUUAUUAACGUUAUCCUCAGAGAAGAAUCAAUAAUUGCAAUUUCAAACAAUUGUAAAAAACUUAAACAUUUAACAAUUGGCGGUAGACUUUUAAUGCCAACUAUUGAUGGUAAGCCACUUUCUUCUCCAUCUGUUCUUGAUGAGUUGUCAAAAUUGCAAUAUCUUGAAGUUCUAUAUUUGUGUGGGACAUUACAUCUUAAAGAUAGUACAAUUAUUGCGAUUGCUAAUAAUUGUAAAAACCUGAGAUUGUUAGCAAUUAAUAGGUGCACAGCUGUUACUGAAACAGCUUUUGUUGCUAUAACGAACUUGAAAAAUUUACAAGAACUAGACGUCACUUCCCCUAAUAUUACAGACGAUUUUAUUAUCAAAUUAAAAGGCUUAAAAAAAUUGAUAUGUUUUAAAUGCCGUGAACUUACUAAUGCUGGUAUUAUUCAAUUUAUAAAAAAUAACCCAGAUCUUGAAGUAAUUGAUGUCAGCGGUAUAAAGAAUAUUACAAAUGACUUGAUUAUUGCUGCUGAUCAUGCAACUAGAAAUCGUACAAAUGGUAUUAUUUUACACUUAACAAUAAGUGAUCCGUCAAUAAUACCAUUUUUAACUAGGCCAACAAUUAAAUCUCAAUGGUUGGUUAAGCUAACAGAGCUGGAAAAUCUUGAAAGUUUGUCAUUGGUUUCUCAUAUUAAGCUCAGUAAAGAAUCAAUCAUUGCCAUUUCAAACAAUUGUAAAAAACUUAAACAUUUAGAAAUUCCUGGAAGACUUUUAGUACCACCUGUUCAUGGUUCUUCUCCUACUGUUCUUGAUGAGUUAUCAAGAUUGCAAUAUCUUGAACAUCUACAUUUGUGUGGGACAUUACAUCUUAGAAAUAGUACAAUUUUUGCAAUUGCUAAUAAUUGUAAAAACCUGAGAAUUUUAGAAAUCGAAAAUUGCACAAGUAUUACUAAAAUAGCUCUCAUUGCUCUAACAAACUUGAAAAAUUUACAAAAACUAGACGUCACUCUCGUUAAUAUUACAGACGACUUUAUUAUCAAAUUAAAAGGCUUAAAAGAAUUGAAAUGUUCUUAUUGCCAGGAACUUACUAAUGCUGAUAUUUCCAUGGGUCUCCAAAGAUUCAGAAAUCUUCACAAAUUAACAUCACUUGGUCUCCGUUCAGACAACAUAAACCUUCGAGAAAUAGCAGACAUAACAACACUUGUUCAUCUUAAGAUUGGAUUAUAUACUGCUCAUAUAUUUAUACCAUUAAUUCUAUUUAAUAAACUCGUUAAUUUGGAGUAUAUCGACUUAACGAUGGCUGAAAUUCCUCUUGAAAAAUGGUUAAACUUUCAAAAUUUACAACAUCUUGGUAUUGCUUGUAACAUGAUGCCGGACUUAGCAAAUACAAUUGUUGAAUAUUGCAAGAAUUUGAAACACUUGAAGAUACAUAAUACUAAUCGCUUGAUGAAUGAAACUGCUUUAAAAAAGCUAACAGAGCUAGAAAAUCUUGAAAGUUUGUCAUUGGUUUUUCGCAUUAAGCUUAGUGAAGAAUCAAUAAUUGCCAUUUCAAACAAUUGUAAAAAACUUAAACGUUUAGAAAUUCCUGAUAGCUUUUUAGUACCAUUUAUUGAUGGUGAGCCACUUUCUUCUCCAUCUGUUCUUGAUGAGUUAUCAAAUUUGCAAUAUCUUGAACAUCUUAAUUUACAUAAAUUUAAUUACCCACAUGAGGGAAUAAAUCUUGAAGAUAGUACAAUCAUUGCGAUUGCUAAUAAUUGUAAAAACCUAAAAAUAUUACAAAUUCAAAAUCACAGAAAUAUUACUGAAAGAGGUCUCGUUGCUUUAACAAAUUUGGAAAACUUACAAAAAUUAGAGGUAGAUUCUCUUAAUAUUACAGACGACUUUAUUAUCGAAUUAAAAGGCUUAAAAGAAUUGGAUUGUUCUUAUUGUCGAAAACUUACUAAUGCUGAAAUUCCUGGAAGACUUUUAGUACCACCUGUUCAUGGUUCUUCUCCUACUGUUCUUGAUGAGUUAUCAAGAUUGCAAUAUCUUGAACAUCUACAUUUGUGUGGGACAUUACAUCUUAGAAAUAGUACAAUUUUUGCAAUUGCUAAUAAUUGUAAAAACCUGAGAAUUUUAGAAAUCGAAAAUUGCACAAGUAUUACUAAAAUAGCUCUCAUUGCUCUAACAAACUUGAAAAAUUUACAAAAACUAGACGUCACUCUCGUUAAUAUUACAGACGACUUUAUUAUCAAAUUAAAAGGCUUAAAAGAAUUGAAAUGUUCUUAUUGCCAGGAACUUACUAAUGCUGAAAGUUCAAGCAUUUAA